AUGAGAUAUGAAUAAAAGAGUUAAAGUGAGUUUGUUUUAGGAAUAGCUUUUUUGGUUUUGAGUAUGAUUUACACAACAAUUUUUUGUUUUGGAACAAUCAAAUAUUGUAAGAUUGGAAGGAAAGCAAAAUACUUGGGAAAAAUAUUUUAUCUUUCUAUUGUAUUUUCUUGUUUAGCCUAUAUGUUGAAUAUGGCUUUAUAUUUAUAUGACGUAUAUUUAGACAUGUAAAAUAGGUUUUUGAUUAAAAUUCAGCUGAUGAUUAUAUUUUGAGCAUAGAAAAAUAGCUGUUAAAUACAAUAUACGUUCCUGAUGGAUUAUUUUGGAUAGUUUAUUAAUCAUUAUUUUGGACAGUGAUUUGUUAGCAUUAUGAUUCACAUUUACAAAUAGGUUAAGGUGACGAACUUCCAUAUAAUCCAAAUACUUUGAUUCAUGCAAUGAAAGAUGUUUUAUUAGUAUAUGGAAUAGCUUAAUUAAUUGUAGUAUUGUUGUAUAACUUUGAUUACAUAUUAGCAGGAGUAUUAUUUUAUAUAAAUAUCGUUAUCAAUGUAUCGAUACCUAUUUAAUUUAUGAUUACAUCAUUUUAUUUACAAUGUAAAUAUAGAGGAUCCCCAUUUAAAUCAUCUAAAUAAGAAAAUAUUUCAAAUAGAUUAUAGAAGUUAAUCUUUUAUUGGACAAUCUUAAGAAUAGUUUAGAUAAUUAGCAAUAUUUUAUUAAUGGAAAAUUAAGAUAAGAUAAAACAAUUCUUUUAAUCAGAACUGAGUUAAAAUUAACUGCUGCUAUAUAUUUUAAUAUUGAUAGUUGAUUUAUUAUUAGCAAAUAUUUUCCCAUUUAUUUUAGCAUUAAAAUAAGAGACUUUUUCUAUAUUUUUGGGAAAUAGAAAUGUUACUAUGAGUACUGUAUCAGAGCAUCCAAUAAAUUAAUAAUUUUUGAAUAAUGAUAGUUCUGUUGAUGAAAAAAAACAAAUAUAAUUUGAUUAUAAAGAGCUAAUGAAAUAAAAUUAGACUCAAUAAAUAAAAAGAUAAAAGACAAAUGGUUUAGGUUAUAUAAUGAUUUGUCAGAUUUAAUAAAAGAGUUAUGGAAUGAGAAUAAUAGAAUUUAAAUAAUUAUAGCCAUAUUUGAUUGAAUAAAUAAAGUAAGAAAUAGAAUAAGUAAAUUAAUUAAAUAAUGAAUAUCUUUAUCAUAUUUAUGGAUUGAAUAUUUAAGAUAAUAAUGUAGUGUAUUUAAUAAAGUUUUAUUAAUAUUCAUUGCAUAAUUAUUUAAUCUAAUAUUAGAUUUCAAUAGAAUAGAAGAUAAAAAUAUUAAUUUAAAUAUUACAAGGACUUAGUUAUUUACAUAAGCAAAGACUUUGUCAUGGUAGUUUAACAAGUGAAAAUGUUAUGAUAAAAUAAAAUGGUCAAGUGAAAAUAGGUAAUAACAGAUUUAAUUUUUAGUUGAUUUUGGUCUUUUUGGAAUAAAGAAAUAUUAAUCACUUUUACAUUUUUAUACAAAUAAAUCUGGUUUUACAUCACCAGAAUUAAUAACACAAAGAGGUUAGGUUAUUAGUGGAUCAUAAGAAGGAGAUAUUUAUAGUGUAGGUAUGAUAAUGUAUGAGAUGUUUGAGAAGAAAGUACCUUUUGAAGGAUUAUAAUUAUAAAAUGUUUAGGAAUGUCUUAAUAAGGCUGUAAGACCUAAGAUUGAAUCAAAAUCAUUAAUGGAUGAUAUAAUUAGAUGGUGUUGGUAAUAAGAUUUUGAUAAGAGACCAAAAGUUGAUUAGUUAUUAAAUGUUAUUGAAAAUAUAUAAAUAAAAUGAG